AGCCGCCAACGUUGCAACAGGAGCAACAUUGAUCGUUAUUCGUCGAAUGAGGGCGGUCUUGAACACCCCGCGAUUUGAUUGAGUUGCAUUAAAUUUUAGCCUUCAUGCACGUACGUGACACAGCAACAAACGGUCGGCUUGAAUUAUUUUCCUUACAGUGCGUAACGCCAUAAAAAUCACAGAUCACACUUCCACAGACUGAGACACAAUGGAUCGAAACAGAGAGUGUCCCCACGCGGUCAGGACAGCACUUUUCCAUGAAGAGGACCUACGACAACGUUCCCAGGGAUGCUGCAACUCCUGUGACGCCGUGGGACCCAACUUAUGGAUGUGCCUCACGGAGAAUUGUGGAUAUGUUGGUUGUGGUGAAUCAUUCCAUGAUCACAGCUCGGAACACUCCAAGAACAUGGACCAUCCCCUCAACCUUAACCUUCUCUCCCUGAGGGUGUGGUGCUCUGCUUGCGAAGAGGAAGCCUUCCCAGACUGCGUCAUCAGAGAGGGCACAGUGGAGGUCACACAGCGCCACCGCAUGGUUGUGGAGAGAGAGGUGCAACGCGUGGCCCACCAGCGCAUCGUGAGGGACCUGCCACCUAAAGGUCCAUCUUUGCUGCCCCUUGAUUCACCCGUGACUCAGGCCAUGGAUGAGUUUUUCAACAAGGAUCACAAGCCCAGAGGUUUAACAGGGCUUCGAAACCUGGGUAAUACAUGCUACAUAAGCGCUGGUAUCCAGGCGCUAUCAAAUUGCCCAGCGUUCACCCAUUUCUUCUUGGAGUGCAGCAGCUUUGUCAAGACGGAAAAGAGACCUUACCUGGCCAAGAGCUACCAGAAGCUGGUAGAGGAGAUCUGGGGCAAGAGGAGACCCAGCUACCUGACGCCAUCCAGUCUCAUCAACAGCAUCCGUUCUGUGUUUCCCAUGUUCAAAGGCUUCAUGCAGCAGGACACACAGGAAUUCUUACGCUGCUUCAUGGACAGACUACAUGACGAGCUCAAGGAGCCCCUCCUGGACCAGAAUGACAACCCCUCAGGCGGGGACGAGCCCGACGCUGCCACGGCAAUAGAGCGGCCCCGCCAGGCACGCUCCCACGACUCCCUCUGUCACUCAGACGGGGAGUACGGGGGCCCGCCGGAUAACACCAGCGGUGGUGUUGCCAGCGAGAACACCAGCCUGACGUCGGACGAGGCCUCGCCCUCCCCACCCCGUCAUGCGGACAAGAACAGGCGCAGCUGGAAGCGGCGGCCGUCGGAGUCCGACGCAGAUUUCCCCCAGGCGGGGGAAUCUGGGGACGCGCCAGUCCGGGAGACCAUGGCACGGAGGGGGAAUGCCUCGAGGCGUGUGCGCAGCAAGGAGGAUCGGGAGAAGGAUGCUCCGGAGAAAGACGUGGAUGAGAGUGAGACGACAAAAGAGCCCUGUAACGAGGCCCAGGAUGAGGACGGAGACUUAGAGGAACCUGGAGGCGGGCAGCCUGAGGAGAAGAGACCCUACAAGGUCGGAAGUCAUGGGAAGAUAGUCCGAAGCCCCAGUCACGAGGAGGUAGCACUUAGGGUAGCUGAUGCAAACAGAGGUAAGAAGCUGAUCCCAAAGUACCGCAGUAUCGUGUCGGACGUCUUUGAUGGCAAGAUCCUCAGCUCAGUGCAGUGUCUCACCUGUGACACAAUCUCAACUCGUAAGGAGACAUUCCAAGACCUAUCCCUUCCCAUCCCGGGCAAGGAGGACCUGGCCAGGAUCCACAAGUCGCACAACCUGCUAGCCAAGGGUGUCACGCCAUGCUCUGACACCUACGGCAAGCAGGGCUGGAUCUCCUGGUUCUACAGCUGGUUCACAGGGUGGAUAUGGGGCCCAAAUGUCACCCUGGACAAUUGCCUGGCAGCGUUCUUUUCUGCUGAUGAUCUCAAAGGGGACAACAUGUAUAGCUGUGACAAAUGCAAAAAGCUGCGCAAUGGAGUGAAGUUCUCCCAAGUUCUGGAACUACCAGAGGUUUUAUGUGUCCAUUUGAAGCGGUUCCGUCACGAGUCUAUGUCGUCCUACUCGUCAAAGAUCAACAGUUACGUCUCCUUCCCCAUGGAAGGACUGGACAUGUCACCAUACCUUGCCAAAGAAUGUAACAACCAGUGCUACAUGUAUGAUUUGACGGCAGUAAUCUGUCACCAUGGAACAGCAGGAGGUGGUCACUACACGUGCUACGGUCAGAACUGGUUGAACGGUCAGUGGUACGAGUAUGAUGACAUGUACGUCACGGAGGUCAGUGACGAGCAAGUAGCCAACUGUGAGGCUUAUGUCCUCUUCUACAAGAAGGUGUCAGAAGAUGCGGUUAAAGAGAGACAAAAAGUGUCCGACUUGUGUGACCAACAUGAGCCGAGCUUUCUGCACUUCUAUGUGUCGCUUCAGUGGCUCAACAAGUUCAACAGCUUUGUUGAGCCCGGCCCCAUCUCCAACAAUGACUUCUUGUGCAAGCAUGGAGGUGUGCCGCCCAGCAAGGCUUCUUAUGUGGACCAGCUUGUGCUGAAGGUGCCCCAGCCAGUGUGGGAACACCUCCAUCAGAGGUAUGGUGGCGGUCCAGCAGUGAACCACCUGUACGGGUGUUCCACUUGCCAAGCUGAGGCCGAGCUGAUCGAGAGAAGACGAAAGGAGGAAAUGGAAACGUUCAUCAGGCUUAACGAAGCCUUCUCCCAGGAUGAUUCCCCGGAUUCUGUCAUCUGCUGCAUCAGCCUGGCCUGGUUCAAGACAUGGGAGAACUUCGUCAAAGCCAAGCAGAGAGGUACAGUGACCCACAGUAACAUCUCAGGGAUUACUUGUCCAAUUACUUCAGUAUUGAAUCCCCUGAAGUUUUGCCAGGUUGGCAAAUGACAGUGGUUUUGGACAAGAAGGGGCUCGUGUUUCUCUAAUCCAACGUCUGACAAACGCUGACAAAGUAUGACUAUCAAUUGAAAUAUUUUAAUAGUGAAACUGAUUCAUAAAUAUUCACAAUCGUAACACUCUCUUGGUCUCUUGGAAACUGGGUUAAACUUGAAAUUUAAUACGAGCAAAACUGAUGACAUGAGUUUCCAUGAUCUCUUCCCAUGGCCGUUUCACUGCACACAGAUAGAGGCAGAAAACAUUCUGUUGUUGUUAUUGUUGUUUUGCCAGUUCAAUUGCAUUAAUUUAACCCCUU